GAUAAGGAGUUGGCGGCCCUUCGGAAGCAGGUGCAGCAGCUGUCUCGGACCAGGCCGACCGAGAACGUGCAGCAAUCGCCUCCGCAGUCUGAUGCAGCCACCACUAAGGACGACGCGCAGGGCAAGCAGCAGGAGCUGGAUGCGCUGGAGCAGGUUGUGGCCGCCCUCGAGCUGGCGGCCAAGGUCAAAGGCGUUGCCCCGCAGACGGUCAUUGGCUACGAGGAAGCUCAAACGUCUCUUCGGAAGUUGCGGCAGGAGAUCCACGAUGCUAAGCCUUUGGGUGCGCAGGUACAUGACAUUGGCAAUAAGAUUCAGAAGGCAGAUCAGCAGAUUGCGAAGCUCAAGGCCACCAUCGAGGCGGAGGAGCAGGCCAUUGUUGAGAAGCAAAGUUUGGUGGUUGAUCUCAAGCAGCAGUUGGAUACCAAAGAAAAGGCUCGGGUGCAGAUGCAGAGGGAGCAGAUGGAACUGCUGCGUCUCCGUGCACCUGAGCAGGUCACCCGAGCUCCUGAAGGCAGCGACCAGGCGGUCUUCGACACGUUCACGGCCAGUCUGGAGCAGCUGCAGAGCCUGGUUCAGUCCCUUGGCGGCGGCGAGCAGCUGGCUGCCAGUUGCGCUCAGUUUGUGGAGCCUUGGCUUGAGCAG